AUGAUACAUAUGGCCUGUUUUCAAAGUAUUCUUUCUUUUACUCCUUUUCUAAAAGAAAACGGCCAAAGUGAUAGACGAAGGAGACUAAACAAACCAACAACUUUUGAGAUCCAUUCCUAUUUCUACUCAGUUGCUUGAGCUUCAUUAUUCCUUAAUCCACCAUGCAAACUCCUUACCCCAACCCCAUUUCUCCCACCAAAACUCGUAUUGGAUGGAUUGGCAUCGGAGUUAUGGGCGCCGCUAUGGCCACUCGUCUCCUCUCCGCAGGUUACUCUCUCUCUAUCUACGCUCGUACCCCUUCCAAAGCUCUUGAUUUACAAUCCAAAGGGGCUCUUCUUGUUAACUCUGUUUUACAAUUAGCUCAGACCAGCGAUAUUGUUUUCACAAUGGUGGGUCACCCAUCAGAUGUUCGACAAAAUGUCCUAGACGAGAAUGGGAUCCUACAAGGCUUGAAUCCUGGUGGCGUCAUCGUUGACACCACUAGUAGCCACCCCGCACUUGCCCGCGACAUAUUUAUCGCUGCUCGUGCAAAAGGUUGUUGGGCUGUGGACGCACCGGUGUCAGGGGGUGACAUUGGGGCUAGAGAUGGAAAGUUAGCCAUUUUUGGUGGUGGAGAUGAAGGGGUAGUGAAUUGGUUAUUACCUUUGUUUCAAGUGUUGGGAAAAGUAACAUAUGUAGGUGAAGCUGGGUGUGGGCAGAGUUGCAAGAUAGCAAACCAGUUUGCAAUUUCGGCGAAUUUGUUGGGGCUGAGUGAAGGGUUGGUGUUUGCGGAGCGAGCGGGGUUGGACAUGAAGAAGUUUGUGGAAGCUGUGAGGGGAGGGGGAGCAUGGUCAAUGGCAAUGGAACUGUUUGCUGAGAGGAUGAUAGGAAGGGACUUUAGGCCUGGUGGGUUUGCUGAGUAUAUGGUGAAGGAUUUAGGAAUGGGUGUGGAUGUUGUGGAAGAAGGGGAAGAUGAGAGGGUUGUAGUGUUGCCAGGAGCUGCAUUGACCAAGCAAUUGUUCUCUGCAAUGGUGGCGAAUGGAGAUGGAAAAUUUGGCAAUCAAGGCUUAAUCUCUGUUAUUGAGAGGCUUAAUGGCAAGUGAAGUGAAGAUUUGAGGGUUUAAUCUCACUUUAAUGUUGACGGUUUUAAUACCAAGCUUAAAUCAUAGUUUGUUUUGUGGAUUUGGCACUGAAAGAGGCUUAGGGUUGAAAGACAAUGUCUCUGUACUUUUAUAUUUGUAACACUUUAAUUAAUAAACUUAUAAGUAAUGAUUUGUAACGAUGUAACAAGUUACUCUUCAUAGUUUAUAAAUAAAUUUGAGUUUAGAACCUC